AUGUAUUGGUUUAACCUAUACAUUGUAGUUAAUGAAAAUUUAAUCUGUUCUCCCUUUUCGGUCUUAUUACCCUUCGAGGGUGUCGUUCAGAUUCAUAUGAAUCUGAACGAAUCUUUUCUUCCUUGGGUGCUACUCCUGCUAAUCACCUUAAGUCACUAUGACCUUUUUCUAAGGUUACUUGCAUUAAAAUCUAUCAUGUGA